CUGAGCGCGACUGCACUCGAAGGGCGUGAGGACAUUGUGAGGAUGCUUCUGGAAGCAAAAGCAAUUACUGAUGAAAGGGAUCAAAGCGAAAAUGGAACGGCACUACAUUGGGCUGUCGAGGGUGGUCAUCUAAACAUAGUCAAACUCCUCUUGGAUGAAGGGCAUGCAGAUAUUAAUGCGGAGAGUCUCAAUCAUGGCACUCCGCUUAGCUGGGCGGUGCAGAAGGAAUCCAUUGAUACCGCGCAGCUUCUUCUCGACAAAGGCGCAGAUGUUGGUGUCAAGAACCGGACUGGUUCAACGCCACUGCAUCUGGCGGCUCAGAGCGGACAUGAGGCUUUGGUCGAGCUUCUGCUUGACAUGGGUGCCGAUCCCUUAGAGACCGACAAAGAAGGGCGCACAGCGCUAAAACUAGCAGAAGAGAGAGGAAAUGGAGAUGCGGUCGAACUGCUC